CGGGGCUCCGGCGCUCCUUCCGUUUUCUUCCCGGGGCUCUUCCCUGCCUUCCCUGCCCGCGGGGCCGCGCCAGCGCCGGCCCAGCGCCUCUCCCGCCCCGCGGCCGCCUCCUCCAACGGACCCCGACGUGUCGAUUGGCAAAGAAAACUCCUGUCACAGGAUCGUGUCAAGUAAUGUGCCUUGGUGUCCUACAUGUUAAUUGACUGAAUCCCUGCCAGACUUGGUCAUGCAACACCACUGCUCUUUUCUGAUAAACUGUAGUCCUACUGUAUCCAGGCUUUUAUUGGCUUUUGCUUUCCCUAAAGGCGCAAUAAUUCCUGACAGCAAGAAAACAGUUACAAGUGUUUGCAUGGUAUAUUGCAGUGGAUCUGAAGUUGACAUAAGAGAGAAUUUCUUCUGGGAAGAGAAGUUUCCCUGUGAGGCCGACCCUGAAGAUGUGGACUGCCAUUGUGUUCUUCCUGCUGAUUUCCAUCUGUUUUUGUGAACACCAAUUUUCUGUCCUGAAGGGGAGAGGAGUCCAUGUAGUGCAAAUAAUCAGGCUUACCAGUGAAGAGCAAUGCAGGCAGGCCUGUCAAAGCUCAGGUGCUUCAGGGGGCUAUCACUGUAAUUGGUCUGUGCCCUACCAGAAUCACUGCCUCCUCCUGCAGUGUCACCAGCUGAGUGUGUGCCAGAAUGCUGGAGAACAGGACAUCAGAGACCUGCUUGCAGAAAUUGUCAACAGCAAAUGGGAACCAGCCCUGUUUCACCGCCAGAGCCAUCCACAGAAGACAGAGAGGAUGCUGAAUGCACGGAUUGAUCAACACAGUGUGCAAAACACGUUUUCUUCAAUUGCUCAGACUCACAGUAUUCAUUUGAGGCAUUUGCUUGGGGUUCAGAAGAGAGAUGUCACAACAAGUACAAGCAAACCAAUUGCAAGUGAUGCUGCCACCACUACUGCCCCUGCCAUAACGACAAGUGUUACAAAUGCAACUUCCUCUACCACUUACAAAGCGACUGCCAAAGCCUCAAACCCCCCUGGAGGUUCUGAUGCUUCUACUACAACCAUGUCAUCCUCUGCCUUUUCUCUCCCUCAUGAUAACAUCUCUGCUCCCACUACCAGCAAUGUCACCCAGAUGGUGAUGACCAGCCAAAAAUUAGGAAGUAGUAGCUCUGUCCCAGUACUGUCCCCCACUUCUGCUCCCCUCACUGUUCCUUUUGAAGCAGGCACCCAAGCACAGCAGCCUGGGCCAGGUAGCACCAGCAGCAGUGCUCCUCAUGCUGACAGCCUCAGCACUGCUGGAGCUGAUCUGAAGACACUGACCCCAGCACUGACCCCAGCACUGACCCCAGCACUGACCCCAGCACUGCCCACCCGCACCCCACAGGAUGCAGGAACGUCUUCCAGCGCUUCCAUGAAUGCCACGGCACCCAUGCCAACAGAGAGCUCUCCCUCUGUGAAUUCAGUGCAUGCUGGGACAUCACUAAGUCUAAAGCCAGAGGUAAAAACAGCAACAGCAUCCUUGAAUGAAUCAGCUUCUCCUCUGGGCUCUACAAGAGGUGCUGUGGUUUUAACUACAAUCUCUACAGUAGCAACUACAACUGAACAUGGGGUAAAGUCAACAUCCGAUGUCUUUUCAACAACCAUGGCUCCAACAGAUGCAGCCAAAACAACAGCUUCAGGCCUCACAGAAACUCAGGACACAGACAACGAAUAUCUUCUCAUUGCUGCUGAGCCCCUGACUCAGUACUUAGUGGAUAAAAGUUCACUACUUGCAGUGCUUUUAGUUGGUACGUUCUUUUUCUUAACUGUUAUAGUUCUUUUCCUGAUGCAGGCCUAUGAGAGCUACAAGAAAAAAGAUUACACACAGGUGGAUUACCUGAUCAAUGGAAUGUAUGCGGACUCAGAGAUGUGAAGAGGUGGGGAUAAAUAGUAGUCAAGAGAUGGAAAGGAGAUUGAAAGUCUGCAUGACUUGUUUUUCCUUUCUAUCUGCCUAUAACACAAACUGAAAGUGCUUCCAAAUUUACUUCUAGUGCAAUUGAGGAGAAAUGCCAUGUACUGUAUUAAGAAAAAAUAAUAAUUUUUUAUUCAACUGUGCAACAGGUUGCUGCAAAACCAUAAAAAAAGGAAUAAUUUUUAACAUUUUCAUAAUGCACGGUAGCUUUGGCCAUUAUAAUUCAUUGCAAAAUAAAUCUAACAAGGUGUAAGUUACCAUCAUCUGAAAAUGCUGUAGUGCUUUUCAGCUGUUUACAGUGCAGGUUGUGUUUCAUUUGUCUCACGUGUGCUCCUCUGAAAACAGAGCAAUGGAUGCUGUCACCUUUUGUGAAGUGCUCCCAAGUAGCCAGAUGAGAAGUGUGGAGUACUGUUGCAACAGGGGACUUUUAAUCCAGUGUGUGUCAUAUUUCAGUGUGCUUCUUGCUUAUGAAGAGAUCUGUUUACAAGGUAUUGUAAACUCUGUUUACUGCUAACCCAAGGUAUCUUUUCACCACAGAGUGGAUUACUGUGCCUCUGCACUUAAAUGAUCUUAUUUUUAUAUUCAGUUAAUAAACAGGGCCCUGGAAGGGCAGAUC